AACAUGCAAACUCCAUCCACACAGACCCGAGGUGGGAAUCGAACCCCGACCCUGCAGGUGCAAGGUUUUGAAUUCAGAACUGAAAUUUUAGACAUUUAGACACUCAGGAUUAAACAUGGAGCAGAACGUACUGCAAUUCUCACAUUCGUUCGGCUAUGACUGCAGACGACGAGGAAACCUGCAGCUGUUGGACGAGGACACGCUGGCCUUCAUGGCUGGAAGCAUGCUGGUCCUUUUGGACAUAAACACCAAGCAGCAGCGGUAUAUCCCCAGCAGCAGUGGAGAAGGCAUCGGAGCUAUUAUGCCUCAUCCCAGUAGGAAAUAUUUUGCUGUGGCAGAGAAGGGCAAUCAGCCUGAGAUAAUAAUUUAUGAAUAUCCGUCACUACAGCUCUACCGUGCCCUCAAAGGAGGCACAAUCAAGGCAUACAGCUGUAUAAACUUUAAUCGAGAAGGCACACUGCUGGCGAGCGUCGGGGCUGGUCCUGAUUACAUGCUGACCGUGUGGGACUGGAGCAAGGAGCAUGUGGUGCUUCGCUUUAAGGCCUUCUCUCAGGACGUCUACCGCGUUACCUUUUCUCCAGACAACCCGGGCCAACUCACCACCUCCGGCUCCGGACACAUUAAGUUCUGGAAAAUGGCUGACACCUUUACCUGUCUGAAGCUGCAAGGAAUGCUGGGAAGAUUUGGCAAGACCCCUCUGACUGAUAUAGAAGGUUAUGUUGAGUUCCCUGAUGGAAAGGUGCUCUCUGGUUCCGAGUGGGGAAACAUGCUAAUUUGGGAUGGGGGUCUGAUCAAGGUUGAGAUCGGACGGAAAGAUAGACGCAACUGUCACGCGGGGCCUAUAAAGCAGAUCACUCUGACCUCGGAAGAAGAGCUGAUAACCGUGGGCGCAGACGGAGCAGUCAGGUGUUGGGACUUUGAGUCCAUCGAUGCAGCAGACUGUAUGGACGACAGCGGGCUGUUUGAGCUCGAACCCAUAAACGAGUUGAUCAUAGGCCGCAACGUGAGCCUUUCCUCCAUGGUCAGGAGCACCGUCCCAGACUCCACCGUCUGGUUUGCGCAGGAUUCUAACGGAGGAAUCUGGAAACUCGACUUGUCGUUUUCGAACACUACACCACCGCCUGAAUGUCUUUUCUCAUUCCAUGCUGGUGCGAUUGAGGGAAUGGAUGUGUCAGGAUUGAGUCACCUGAUGGCCACCACUGGAUUAGACGGUUCAGUAAGGGUUUUUGACUUCCUCUCCAACAAGGAGAUCGCCGUCAGCCGUUACAGACAGGGAGGAAGCUCCCUCAUCUGGUGCCCUCGAACGGUGUCUGGGGGUGAGGGUCUCCUGGUGGUGGGCUUCGAGGAUGGUGUGGUGCGUCUGUUGGAGCUCUGUAGUCAGCGUGCACAGCUGGUCGCCAGGUCUACUCUCUCGAAGCUUCAUCUCAAACAGGCCUUCAAACCCCAUGAUGCAUCUGUGACGGCCAUCGCCUACAAGCCCAGUGGACAGAUCAUGGCUACAGGGAGUGCGGAUAGCAGGGUGUUCUUCUUCUCAGUGGGGGAGAGUUAUGAACCGAUCGGCUUUGUUAGAGUGCCGGCCGCAGUGCAAAGUCUGCAGUGGGCUCCUCAGUCGCAAGAGAGAAACGCUCUGUUAGUUACUUGUCAGACGGGUGUGGUGGAGAUCGAGGCUCCUGACUCGCGUGGUGCUGCUGUAGGAAACACAUUUCAUCUGCAGAACAUUCCCAUCAGGCACUUCUUCUUCCACAGCAUCAAAUCACGCCUUCAGAGGGACGCAGAGAUAUCCCGCAGGCAGGCCCUGAAGGAGCAGCUAGAGGCAGAAAGACAGAAUGAGGAAGGAAGGAAUCAGGGGCAAACGUCUGGAGAGGAAGAGGAGGAGGAGGAAGAGGAGGAGCUGCCACCGAUCUUCAUCCCCAGUCCCCCAAGUCCCCUUCACUGUGCCUUCUACUCCACUGAGCCUGGAGCGUUCUGGCUCUCUUUGGGAGGCUAUGACUCAGGGUAUCUGUAUCACUGUAAGUUUUCGGAGCAGGAGUCUGUGGACGAGUCGGAGAGGACAGACGAGCCGUUCGCUCACGUCCCCGUCCAAGACGCAGAUCACAACCCCAUCUUCACUGUCUGCUUCUGCGAGGCGAGGCAGAUGCUGCUGUGUGGCAUGCAGGACGGCAGUAUCCGGGCGUACCCGCUGGAGUCCGGAGACCUGCAGCCUGCGAACAUGAAGGUGUACCAGGUGCUCAGCGUCUUCGACGGACAGUACGGAACCGUCCGGCAGCUCCGGGUCAGCCAUGACGGCCGCUUCGUGCUGUGCACCGCCGCAGACGGUAACAUCUUCGCGUUCAGGCUGCUGGAGAAGGAAGUGACGGAGAAGCCUCGGAAGGAAGACGCCAAAGUGCCCUCACCCCGUCUGGGUCUGGACACGGUGUCUGUGCCUAUGGAUAUAGAUGACCCCGCUGCCUACAGCAUAGAGACGGCUAAGCAGAAGUUGGAGUCAGACCGCUUGCAAUGGGAGGCUAAAUUAAGGAAGCAGGAGCGCCGGAAUAAGCUCAUCAAGUUGCGGCGGCGUUUCAACGCCCUGCUGCAGGAAAAUCUGACCCUUCCAGAACGCAUCCGCCUGCAGCGCUCGGAGCUCGAGUUGGAUCGCUGUUUCAGUGAGGAGGUAACGAGAUCUACAGCUAAGAAUGUGGAAAAGGUGAAGCGAGAACUAGCCUGGGAGACGGAGAAGAACCGUAUCGGCUUGCAGAAGCUCCACGACAGGUUUUUGGGCUCGGUGGUGUGUGACACAGUGACAGUGUCUGCCAUCAAGAGUGAUCAUAAGGUAUCCACCUACAAGUUGGUGGCGCUGGCCAGCAAACGCCACCAACCGAAGGAACAGGUAAAAGUCGAGCAACGGUUUGACCACGCCCCUCAGGAUCGCUCCAGCACUAAGGAACAGAAAGAAACCCUCACUGAUGGCAUUAGCGCAGUGUUAAAGCGGCCGGUGCCACAGGGUACCGCGGGCAAACUGGCAGCCAGGCAGGCGGAGAAACUGCGCAAGGCAGCCGAGAAAGCGGAGCAGGCCCGCUCCAAAAUCGAGCAGAACAAGAAAGAGUGGAAAGAAUUCUAUGCUUCCAAACCCAGCAAGGACUACGAGGAUCCUGAGGAGGUCCGUGCGAUCCAGUUGGCCGAGGAGAACAUGGGCGACUUCAAACUGAAGUCGGCGAAGGAUUACACCGUGCCGGAGCACCUGAGGAUAAACCUGGAGAAGAAGAUGGCGCAAGUGGUCGAGCUCGAGGAGCAGAUCCACCAGAGGAAAAACCAGAUGAACAUGCGUGUCCUGGCUCUGCGUGACUCGAAGGUGGCUCUAAUCUCCCAGUUCAACUCCUUCAUGGACCAGCUUCUGGCCGUACAGAAGCACCUCCCCGCGGAGAAGCACCUGACACCACCCACCCCGCCAACACUGACGCUCGAGGAAACGCCUGAGAAGGAGCUGGAGUACAGCCACACCACACUGGAGCGCUACAACGACACUCAGGCCACAACGGGCCACGACAGCGACGCCGACAAGCUCGAGGAGCCUCAAGAGGGGAAGCGACAGGACGGGGACAAGGACGCUGGACACGCAAAGGUGGUGCACGAACCCUCGAGUGAGAACCUCACCGAGCUGGAACAGGAGGUGAUGGAGGUGGAGGAGAUUCGCAACCUUUACCUGCAAGACAAGCUGAUCAAACAGAUGGAGGAGGCCGUGUGCGUGUUUGAUGCAAAGCUCCGUCUCCUCCAUCAUGAUAAGAUCACGCUGGACGUGCAGAUGAAGGUGGCUGACCUCCGAUGCAACACGCUGUCUCAGGAGCUCCUGCUGCUCGAGGAGUUCGAAAAGAGAGAGAUCACGCUACAGGAGAGGCUAAAUGUCUGCGUGAAGGAGGAGAGAGAGCUCAUGUCGAAGCUGGAGGAGUGCAAAGAUCAGUUAGAGAUGAAGAACCGAGAUAUCGCGAUCCUGAACGAGAGAGAGAAAGUGCUAGCAUUUACGUUCGAGGCUUCGCUCGGAGAAAACAACAAGUUUGAAGAUUUUCUCACCCGAGUCUUCAAGAAAAAGAUUAAACGAGCCAAGAAAAAGGAAAAGCUUCACACUGAUGAGGAACAAGAGGAGAGCGAUGUCGAAUCUGAAGAGCUGUCAGACUGGGACAGUGAUGAGGAUUAUGAAGGCUCGGAUGAAGCUGCUGCCUAUGACCUUAGCGUCUGUCCUCCCAAUUGUGACCCGGAGCUUUUCGAGAGCACUUUGCGUUUGCGUGAGCAAUGUCUGGAUCUGGAGGAGCGACUGCAGGAGGAGAAGAUGGAAGCAGACAGCCUGAAGAAGGAGCUUGAUGCGCUCACUAAGAAAGAGAAGAUAGCGCAGAGCAAUCUGAAAGCAGCAGAGGGCGACCUGGAGCUCUUGAACCGUGAAAAGCAGCAGAAACUCAAUGAGCUCGAUGUGGUCGUCCCACUACGGCUACACCAGAUUGAGUGUCUAAAGAACAAAAAGAUGUCCUCUGACCUGAGCAGUGCGCUGGUGAUAAACAAGGCGACUGUAAAACGACUACAAGAGCAAAUUCACAAGCUGCAGCAUGAGAAUUGUGCUCAGAAGCAGCUCUACAAAGAAGCACGCCAACAACACGUACAGCUCCGAAGCGAACUCAAAAACAUGAUGGAGAAAAGUCAAGAGUUGAAGGCAAAGUGUGAGCAGCUGAUGUUGGAUAGAUUUGGAAAGCUGGUGGAUCUGGGGGCUCUGCAGACUCUGAGCGGGAACCGGAAGCUGGAGGAGCUGAAGUACGAGAAGCAAGUGCAGGAGGCUCAUCACUGGCACGAGCUCAGGAUGUGGCAGACGAAAGUAGACGCUGCCGAUAAGGAGCUGGCGAUUGCGUGCAAAGAGAACACGGAACGUCUGCGCCAGCUCAAAGCCCUGAUGAGCGAGAAGAAGCUGCUGGAAGACAAGCUCGAUGACCUGCAGCGCAAAACGAUUUGUCCAUUCCAGGAUUCCCAGCAGGCCGAACAAGAAGACAUCAGAAAGCUUCAGCAUCAUGUCCAGAGCCAGGCCGAGAUGAUUAAAUCACUGAAGGAGGAGAUCAGCAAACUGUCUCGCAAAGGCGGCAAUAUUCAACCCCCAAGUCAAUAGAAACGCAGCACUGCAACACGCUCAAUGGAGGUGAUUUCCAAAAAAUAAAAACUCUUUGCUGUGCAGGUGUGACCGUGUUGCUUUUAUUUGUUUGAAACCCCGUUGUAGCAACUAUGGGCGGCCCAAUAGUGAUUUGCACGAAAGGAGAGCAGUGUGCCGUGAUUCGAAUUUUGUGGUCUGACGGUGUACCUGGUGACCAUAAACAGAAGUGUUUGGAUAUCUCCAAACAAAAUGUGGAAAAAUGUUUCUUAAAGAGAAUCAUUACAGGUGACGAGACACGGAUUCAUCACUACGAGCCUGAGAGCAAAUGGCAGAGUAUGGAACGGAAACAUCCUCAAUCGCAGACCAAAAAUAAAAGUUAAAAAGUCGACCAUCAGCUGGAAAAUUUACCAGUGCUUACAGUUUUCUGGAAUUCUCAGGGGCCAGAAUUAUUGGAACAUUAUCGGAAAAAAGGUUCAACAAUCAACAGCGCUCGUGAUAGUGAGACGACAAAGAACAAUUACAAAAAAUAUAAAAAAGGAAAACAGAAAAAGAACAUUUCACCAUUCAUGAGGACAGAACGGACCGUUCUACUCAACAGACGAUGACACUACUCAAUCAAUGAGAUUCAGGGUUCCUCUCAGGGUUUCUUCCUAUUGUUAUGUAAUGCAACUGUAAAACAAAGACUGUACAGAUUGUAA